AGUCUUUCUUGGUCCCUUAUCCAGUUACAUGAACUUGGACACAGGAAUCACAGCACACAAGGUUUUUCUUGCAAAAAAAGAAGAUGGCUUUUUUAACAACGAAAAUGAUGCAGAGAACUGCAAUGUUUUUAUCUUUUGGGAGCUACGUCACCUCCCUGGUCACUGCAUUUUUACCCCUUUGGAAAACAAUGAACUCGGAUCUCAAUGAGGUGGAGAACUGGUUUUCAGGGCUUUGGCUCACCUGCCUCUACACAGAGGAGAGAGGGAUUCAGUGCAAGGCCUACGAUUCUGUCCUGGGUCUACCAAUGGAUCUGCAGAUCUCCAGGGUCCUUGUGUUUAUAUCCAUUGGAACUGGAGGUUUUGCUCUGGUCACCGCCUUUCUGGGUCUUGAGGGGGUUGAGAUGUGUGUAAGGAAGCCAGAUGUAAAGAGAGGGCUCCUGAUCUUCAGCGGGGUAAUGACCUGGGUGUCGGGACUAACCAUUCUGGCUCCUGUGUCUAUUUUGGCAUACACAACUGUGGUGGAGUUCUGGGAUGAAGGUUUUCCUGAUGUGAUGCCUCGGUGGGAGCAUGGCGAGGCAAUGUUCUCUGGAUGGUUUGGAGGUCUGGGUCAGGUCAUCGGAGGAACGCUGUUCUUUGUGGCUGUGUGCAUGGGGGACUACGAUCUGCGAAGGCUGAGUGCCCCAGUCAGUCCAGAGCUGAGACCCAGGACAAAGAACUACCUAAAGACUGAGGUUCUGUAGCUUUUGAUUUUCAUUUGAAAAAAUUUACUGCAUAUUUCUACAAAUGGUGGCAAAAAAAGUUUGUAAAUAGAUGUUUGAUUAAAAA